GAACUGUGCUGGUUACAUUGUAUCACACGUGCAGUCUGAGCUCACCCUGGAUUCCCGGAGCUCCUCACCAUGCUUGGCUGGCUAUAGGAGCUCCAUGGAGCUAGCCAACUUCUACGAGGUCGAUUCCCGGCCAUCCAUGAAUCCUCCAGCCCACAGUCAGCACGGUGCAUACGGCUACAGGGAGCCCCCGACCGCCGGAGAGCUCCAGGACCUGUGUGAGAACGAAACCUCUAUAGACAUCAGUGCCUACAUUGACCCUGCAGCCUUCAACGACGAGUUCCUGGCUGACCUCUUCCACAAUAACAAGCAGGAGAGAGCCAAGGCAGGGCUAGACUAUCACCAGGGACCUGGGGGGCUCACUGCUGCAGGGCACCCCCAAAUGUAUGGCUGCAUGGCCAACUACAUGGACAACAAGAUGGACACUGGCUUAAGACCGCUGGUCAUCAAGCAGGAGCCAAGAGAGGAUGAAGAACCCAGCAGAGCUUCCCUAGCUGCUCUUUACUCCCACCAUCCGCAGCAGCAUCCAUCCCACCUGCAGUACCAGGUAGCCCACUGUGCCCAGACCACCAUGCAUCUGCAGCCUGGCCACCCAACUCCACCGCCCACACCUGUGCCAAGUCCUCACCACCACCCAACACAUCCUCACCACCACCACCACAGCCUGCAGUCGUCCUCUAUGAAAGAUAUGUCUUCUUCUUCAUCCUCCUCGUCCUCCUCAGAGGGCAGGGGAAAGUCCAAGAAAUGGGUGGACAAGAACAGUAGUGAGUACAGGGUGAGGAGGGAAAGGAACAAUAUAGCGGUGAGGAAGAGCAGGGACAAAGCCAAAAUGCGCAAUGCUGAGACCCAGCAGAAGGUCCUGGAGCUGUCAGCAGAUAAUGACAAGCUGAGGAAGAGAGUGGAUCAACUGAACCGGGAGCUGGAGACCCUGAGGGGCAUCUUCAGGCAACUUCCAGAGAGCUCUUUGGUCAAAGUUAUGGGCAACUGUUCGUAAUGCCAUGGACAAGUCCUGUAAAUCUACUUUUGGAUCUAAGACUCGUGACAGAGACACUUAUUUGUUUGAAAAAGAAUACAUGGAUCCUUUCCGAAAACGAGGACUCACUUUUUCUUUCUGUCAAAAAGUUUGGACCUCAAGCCCCCCCUCCCCUCCACAGACUUUGCUGAGAUUAGAAAGUGUGCAGGUGGCUAAAGUAAGAUCCACCUGCAGGAUCUGAGUGCUUUAGAACUAGGCUGCUCUUGUGUUUGUUUUUUAAAAGGUGGUGCUAAAAUGAGACAGGAUUAAUAACUCACCCAAAGUCCCAUUGUUCACGAGAGUUUAUACUGUUUUUAGAGUUAUGCCAUUCGAUCUUGUUCGUUAUAUUUUUUAUUGUACUCUGUAAACAAAUGCUUACUAUAAUAACUGAUGGGAUGACUUCAGCCAUCUGUGUUCCCAGAUAUGUAUACCAUUUCAGUGGGGGUCUUUGUGAGACCAGUUGUACAUUGCCCUUCUCUUGUGGGAGCUUUGCUUUUUUUUAUAUUGCAGAUCCCAGUCUGGAGGGGGGCAGUGGGCUAAGCCAAAUUGAUAUAUGUAAACUUUUUAAAAUCUAGAGGGUUUGUACACAGACUGAACCAUGGCGUGCCUUACACAGCAUAAAGUGCCUUGCCCAGAAGGGAUGGGUUGGUGUGUUGGUAUCUACCUGUCCCACAGAUCAAUGCUGUUGUAGUUGUGGCAGUAUGUUUAACCCCUGGGUGCCAGAGGCUUGUGCAAUAAAAGUUACUCCUCUCUGGUACACAGUGGCUUAAACAGACUGUUUACAAAAUACAUCUUGUGUGAACACAUAGAUGAAUAAAUGCAUAUCUCCCUCCUAAACAAAUAAACUAUGUAUGAAUGUGAUGGUCCCUUUAAACCCACACAGGUGCCUAUUCAAUAAGUGCAUUUUAAGAUAGAAGGCACAUGCUGUCUGUUAGAAUCUCUGCAUUUUUAAUAUCUGAACAUUAAGGAGCUGCUGUUGCAGAUAAUUCUAUAAUGCAUUCAGUGUCUUUGCACUGGGCAUUAUUUUUUGGUAAUUUAUAGCUAUAUUUUUACAGUACAGAUGUGCUACAGGCAGUUGUUUUUUUUAAUUACUAUUGUUUAUUUUCAAUAGCCUUACACAUUUCUGUUGCUCAUAUUCUUGCCACAAAAAGUUAGCUUUACAUGUUUCUUGUCAUUUAUUUUAUUUUUUCUUACAUUUGUAAAGUAUCAGAAUUCUGACAAUGUUGGGAAAUCCUGGCCUUCCCUACUAACCAGCAUUAGUAAAGAACACAAGAUCAGGGUCUUAAUCCACCUUAAGGGACUUUUAAUGGGUUAGGGUGAUUUCCUAAUACUUUAAAUAAUGCUUUAUAAUAGAACGAACCUUUGGUUGUAAAACAUUCAUAAGGUCUGUCUUUUAAUCCAUUGCGGUCAGAAAUGCCAUCACACAAUACAACAGAAAAAAAAAAAAAAAAAUGUCCCCCAAAAAAGCAGAAAAAAAGUCACUAUGCUUAAUUCUGUUUGACAAGAGUUUAUAUAAAGUAUUAAAAUGUUAAUGAGAAAAGUCUCUAUUUACAUAUUUUUUAUUAAUUAUCAUUUUGAAAAGUUGCAUAUCACUAUUUUUAUUUUCAACAUAAAAUAAAGAUUAUAAAGUAUCUGAAAAGUAA